AUAAGGGAAGAUCGCGAGGACGAGCUAAAAUUGCUCACUGUGUUCAUUUUACUUCAAAAUCCCACCCGUGGCCCCUCUCCGAGGCGUCUGCGUGGACGACAGUAGCUUGUUGCGCCGUGUGCAGGCUUUGAGGCUUGUCGACAGCUCGGAGCGCAAGCUUAUCCCUCUGUUUCAAAGAGAUUUCUGUCUUGACUGUCUCAAAUCCCGUCUGAGGCAUGUUGUGCUGAAGAAACACCUAUGCAGGUGGAUUCUACACUGAUGAAUGUAGGGGAUGGAGGCACGGUGAGCAGAGAGAUCAGUGCUCCAAAUAAAGCAUCCACUAGUAUGGUGGGAAAUCCCCCUCAGACGUUACCCCCUGAAUUUAGAAGAGAUGUUAACCUCAAUCAGCAAAACAAGACCACUCCAACAAAAGACUGUAAGACUGUAAAAGCCUGCCUGGAUACGAGCAAUUGCAACCUCAGCCCUGAACUUUCUCCACCUCAGCAGCCUAAUAAUGCGCCAAUGUCCAGCUCAGUUCUCACCAGCUCAGAGAAGAGAACAGACAAAAGGACAGAGGCCCCUAAAGUCAGAUCCGACGGUGCCGGGGUCUUUCCCACUCCUCAGUGGUCAAGCGGCGUAAAAGCCAGCCGGGAGGACCCUCUCAACCCUUGUCAUAGCAAUGUAACGUCCAGCAAGAAAUCACAGCCUCAAACACAGUCUCCUCAAAGUGUUCCACCAGGGUUUCAGUGCUCUGCCAUGUUUAAACCAGCCCAAUCCGUUGCCUUCUUCCCCUCCUCUAACUUUCCCUCUCCGCUAUGUAAAAUUACUCUUCCACCAGCAUUAGGUCAAAUUGCAGCUUUGAGAGAAGCCACAGCCAAUCAGUUUCAGAAAGAGAUUCAACCUCAAAGCUCCAGCGUCGGAGGGACACCUCUCAUGAGGACCUAUCCCUAUUCAUUGUCCGUGGGCCGUAGUUCAGACAAAAAGGCAGGCGGAUCGGCGUUGAAGCUUAAAUCGAACCACUCGACAAGUAAAAAUGCCAAGCCGCUUGUGGAGCAUAAAUCUUUAGCCUCUGUGGUGGCCUCCCCAGCCAUUGCGCUACCACUGCAGCACCCUUCGCUGACUUCAGCAGGGCCCACCCACUACACCUUGUCUCCCACUGCUGCCAUUUGCUGCGGCUCUGCGCUGGCCAGCAUCACCUCUCAGAGCAGACUCCUCAACCAUGUGGAGAAAGGCAACAGCAUGGAAAAGACAGCCAUCAGCUCUCUUAAUGCAGCAUCCCUGUCUGCUGCAGAGGACCACACAGCUUGUUCGAUCGAACCAAGAGAUGUACCUCUUGAUUUGUCAGCGAAAUCAAAACGUCCAAAAUGCAUAACUGACACUCCAGUGUCUGGGAUGGAGCCUCAUAAUAAUGAGUCUAAUCAAAGAGAUAUCAUGAACGCUAAUAGGACUCAUUCUGCAGCUUGUAGCUCAGCGGGGCAAUACCCAAUCUUACCAAAUACACACAGAAAUGGAUCUCAUCAAAAGCAAUUAAAUAGGACUCAGAAUCACCAGGUCCCAGAACCCAAACCAACCUGGGGUAAAGGAUCUUCACAGGAGUCAAUAAAAACUAUCCCUGGUACAUAUGUUGGCGUGGCUAGCCCGAUUCUGGCUUCUACCCUAAGGAGCAAAGACGGAAAGGGGACCUUUGUAGAUGAAUUUCAGAGUUUCGCAAAGCAAGAGUUUAUAUCUAUAAUUGACCAAGGAGAACAUGUGGGUUCUGGGGGAAAGAAGCCGUCUUGUCUGAUGAAGGGUAACCAUCACAGCCACGGUGUCAAGCAUGCUAAAAACACCAGCACGCCCAUUACGAAGAAUUGUGCCCCCAAAGGAGCACUGACGACUGCUCUGUUGAGCUCUGGCAAUCAGAGUCAUCCGAAAUGUGGGCCCGGCAAAACGGCAGUGCCACACUCCACUGCUGCGGUGAGUCCCGCUUGGCAGCCACCAGCUCAGCUUUCAAACCAGCUCUCACCUGUCCAGAGAAAAAUCAUGCAAGGAUGUCCAAAGACCAAGGCCACUGCAGUCACGGAGGGAAGCAAGUUCCAGAGCGGCAAUCAGAGCCUGUCCAAACCUGAGGAUGAAAAGUGGGAGAGAAUGAAGUCUCCUCUGUCCAACCUUGCAUCCAUUGUAAAGCAGCAAACACUCGAAACGACGGCGCCAACUGGUGAGGAUAAUACUCAAACAUCGCCUGGAGCACCAAGAAAAGCUGACCUUCUGAAUCCACUCACUGGGAGCCAAGACGCUCAGUCCAAACAAACGCCUACCUUUGAAUACCCACCAUACUGGUCCGUGGAUAAACGGUCCGGUGUGCCAUCUCAAGGGGAAAUUACGCCGGCUAUGAAAAGACACGAGAAAGCAAAUGCUGUUGAGCCUUUGGAGAAUGAUACGACCAUGCACACCAGCCAGGGAGAGCGCAUGGGACAGCAAGUCUCUUCCAAGCCCGUCGGCCAGCCGCAUCUCUUCGGGAGCAACGCGUCAACAAAUGGGAACCGAAUGGAGAGCAAACUGGCUCAGGUGUUGGAGGGAGAGACCCCGAGGAAAGAAUGCGGUUCAUCAGAGACUCCUGGCUGUGAAAAACUGGAGGGCGUGGUUGCAUCCAUUCUCACCGGCCAGUGUGCAGGAGGGGUCGACAAGUUUGUGAAGAAAACAAUCAAAACCAAAGAUCAGCCAGCAACCAAAGCGAAGGUCGCUGCCGGCAAACAGAAGAAGACCAACCCCAAGAAGCCAGCAAAGGAGAAACCACCAACAGCCCGAAUAAAAACGUCUUCAGGGAAGAAAAAGCAAGAGACAGAAAAUACUCCAGUAAAAGUGUCUUGCAAUAAGAAGCAGAAAAAACAAAGUGCACCAGUGCUUGAGCAGAAUCUGUCGGUGGGAAAAGUUUGCCCACAGAAAAAGAAGACGAUUCCAAAAGACAAGAUCAUUCCCAGCAAGGAUGAGCCCCCGACACGCAACAAAACAGACAGCAGCAGCCAUCCGCGGAGUGCAGAGACCUCAGUGUCUCUCAGUAACACCCCCAUACCCAGCAAAGAAGCUGAUGCAACAGAGUCCACCCCUCCAAGACUAAGGAGAGGGCGACGGCGAGCUGAUGAUGCUCGCCUUGACCUCUGGGGGUUUGCGACGCCUUCUCCCCCGCCACCGCCAAUGCCUCCCCCCACAGCGUCUCCCCCGCCGCCGCCCCCACAGACCCCCAUCCAGCCGGGCCGCCGGCCCAGAGGGAGGCCUCGGUCGACCCCUCUGUCGGAGCGCAUGCUUCAGGGCAAGGGUAAGAUGGCCGGGGCAGAGGGCGACGCACCUCCUCAUAAGAAACGCCAGCGGUGCUCGAGUAAGAAGUACGAGACUGGUGAAUACAUCACGGAGAAAGACAAGCUGGAAGAUGGAGAGCAGCUUCAACACUCCUUGAGUCAAGCCACUGGAACCCCAGCCGAUCCACAUGCAGAUCUGUGUCAGAGCCCGGCCGCCUCCAUCCCAGAGCCUCCUCCGAAGAGACCCUCAUUCACUCGCUCAGGGUCGGUCCGCUACCAGGAGAGUGAGGAGUCUCCAGAGUGCAAUGAUAAACCUUCAGGGAAGAGGAAGUUCAAAAGCAAACACUUAUGCGACAGCGAUGAGCAAAAGAGUAAGACCAAACGCAGCAGUUUGGGGAAACGCGGCGCCUCCCUCCCCCUGGACGAUGAUGGUGUUAAAAGUCCAGUUACCCUUCCAUCUACCCCAAAAAGUCUGCCAUCUUCUCCAUCCAGUAAGAAAAGCUCAUCAGGAAAAAACAUCUGUUCAGACUCUCCACCAAAGAGGCCCGUUCCUCCCGAGGUCCGUCGGCUGAUCGUCAAUAAAAACGCAGGAGAGACUUUACUGCAACGUGCCGCCCGCCUGGGCUACCAGGAUGUGGUCCAGUAUUGUCUUGAAAAGGACAUCAGGGAGGUCAACCGGCGUGACAAUGCAGGCUACACGGCGCUUCACGAGGCGUCCUCGCGAGGGUGGACUCGGAUUGUCCAGAUGCUUCUGAAACACGGUGCUGAUGUGAACUGCAGCGCUCAAGACGGAACGAGGCCCCUUCACGAUGCAGUGGCGAGUGAUAAUCUCCCGAUAGUUUGGCUACUCCUGAACCACGGCGCGGAUCCGACUCUAGCCACCUACUCUGGUCACACACCGAUCAAACUGGCACACAGUCCGAGCAUGAAGGCCUUCCUCACAGAAUAUUUCACAGAUCUGGAAGGCCGCAAUGAAAAGGAUCCCAGUUUACCCUGGGAUUUCUACAGUAGCUCCCUGUUUGAGAGCGAGCAAGAGCCAUGCUGGGACUUCCUGUUGUCCGAGCAGAACCAGGAGCUGGAGGAGGAUAGCACGGGGACGACGGAUCAAGAUUCAGACAAAGAUUGUCUUCUGUUCGAGUUCUCCUCCGAGCCCCUUUUACCCUGUUAUCAUGUUCAAGUGUCAUUAGCACAGGGUUUUUGCAACUGGUUCAUCCUGGCAGACGUCCUCAAGCGUUUGAAGAUGUCAGCGCGGAUCUUCCGGGCUCGUUACCCACACUUUGAGGUAGUGAGUUUGUCGCAGGCUGAGCUGUGGAAGCAGGUUUCAGUCAGCCAGGUGAGCUCAGCUCUCACUGCUCCCCACAAAAGCAAAAAUGAGGAUAAUGACAACGAAGAGGAGGAGGAGGAGGAGGAGGAGGAAGAGGGAUUUGUGGAUCUGGUGCGUUGUGUACCUGAGCUUCAAAGACUACUGGGCUCUUCCAUUCAUAUCCUACAAGAGGACGAAGAAGAGGAUGAGGAGGAGGAGACACAGACCAACACAGGGAAGCCUCGCAGCCGGUAGCCUCUCUCACGCGCACCCAUCUCCCCCACCGUGCAGACGGACUGCUGUCGUCCUGUCAGCCCGAGUCUUUCCCUGCGAGCGCCAGCUCACAGGAAGCUUCUCCGUCCAAUAUAACGAGAGUUUUGGGUUCAACUCCAACUACAGAAAAGACUUGACACUCCGCCUUAGACCUCAGACACUGGACAUGCACCGGAGUGGUCAGCGGUGAAAAGCAGCUUUCAGGUUCCUAUUCUAUAGGUAUAUUUAAAUACAUGAGAAACUUUCUUUUUUACUAUGUAUAUAAAUGGUAGUGUAUAUGUAUAUCUUGCCAUCAGGGUUAACACAUUUGGAUAUAUAAAUGAGUUGUGGCAAGGGGCGGAUGAUUUUUGGACCUUUUUGUUUGUUCCUGAUGGGAGGUGAUAUUUUUCGACAGGAGAUAAUCCAAGGGUUUUUAUCUUGGUGAACUCUAGCGUACAGCUAAGACACUUAAGUCAGGGAGGCCGCUGGUCCAGAUGGUUUUUCUGUCGACCUUGGAGAUCUGGAGACCUGCAAAGAAGAGAUCAUGGCACAUAGGCAUCCUUCCAGUCAUCCUUCCAGCUUUCUACACCCCCCCCCCCAUGUUUCACUUUAUCAUCAUGAUUGCAUCGUUACCAGACGUAUCUAAUAACGUAAAAUGUUUAUCUUCCCUCCACAUUUCACAAAGUCUGGGUGUCCCUGAGGCGUCCCGGCUCCCGCUCGCAGUAUGAAAUCAUGUUGUUUUGGACCUUGAGAUCGUGUUUGUUUACAGAACUGGACAGACAAUAGUGUUCUCCUCUCCUCAUGGACUGAUGGAGUCCUCUGGAUCUGUCUCAGAGGAAAAGUUGCUCCAUCCCCGGAGCCCAGAGGCGCUGAAAUGCCCUCUCAUCUGCAGCCACGACUGUCCCCCUCCACCCACACCCCCUGAUGUAGUGUUUCCAGAUCCCAGAGUGCUUUGUGUUGCAGUGUUUUAUUCACACUGUUUGUUGUGCUUUAUUUAAUAGUUCUUAAUAUAUUUGACCUCUUGUGUAUCUGACAACCUUAUCUAUGAAAAAUGCUUUUUAUGCUCGGUGCUUCAUUCUGAAAUGUACUUACUAGGAUCCCUUUAUUCUGAGAUUUUCCUCCCUCAUUCAAAAACAGUAUUUCAAAAAGAAAAAAAAAAAGAAGCAAAAGUACAGUUUUAUUGUACUGGUGCUACGAUAGAUUUUGUGUUGACAAUCAAUGAAGCUUUGGUUUGAAGUCACAAACUAAUGAAAGAUAUUUAAGAGACUUAAGGUGUAAAGAGAAGUAUAGUUUAGCUAAAGAAAAUGGGAUCCAGCAAGACUGAAAGACUUAAGACGUGUUUUGAGAUCCUGAAAGAGACUUUUAUUGGAUUCUUUUAUAAGAAAUCAAGCAGAAUAAAGCAUGGUUGUGAAUUAUAGUUUUAAUCUCUUUGUUUUGUCAGAAUUUUAUAAUGGAGGGUAUCAUUGUUUCUCAGGCUUUCUUCAAAUGCUCCCUUUUUUUUCUGUCACCCAUAUCGUGCUUGUUGCAGCUCCACCUGAAGCCCCCCCCCUGCAGUAAUGAGUCUGGCCAGAAAUAAAAAGCAGGACUCUUGUUGCCUUUUGAGAAUGCUUUUGAUUCAGUCACUUCACAGGCCUUGAGCUGUUUUGUGAGGACAUUAACUUCUGGGAAGGAAAGAAAAGUAAUUCUCCCUCAGCUCAGCACGCUUGUUUUCGUUUGAUAUUGACCUUCGGUUGCUGAAGUUAGCUAAUUAUUAAACAGGGAUAACAACUAUUUGGAGUCAGUUUAGACCUGACUCUGUUAUUUCUAUCAUGGACCGCUUCAGUGUGCAUCCCGUCUCUCAUAGCUGGGAUGGAGUCCAGCCCCAAACACCUCCCCCGCAGCCCUGAACCCGACCAAGCGGGUAUAGAAAAUAAAAGGACAGAUGGA